GUUGAGAUGGGAGAACAAAGCGAUUCUCAAAUGAAGAUUGAAAAGGGUGAUUAUGGUUAUGUUCUUGAAGAUGUUCCUCACUUGACAGAUUAUAUUCCUAACCUCAUUACGUAUCCCAAUCCGAUGCGAUUUAACCCUGCGUAUUCCGUUGUAAAGCAGUACUUUGUUGAUUGUGAUGAUACUGUACCAGAAAGGGUUGUUGUUCAUAAGAAUGAUCCAAGAGGGGUGCAUUUUCGACGGGCUGGCCCCCGCCAAAACGUUUAUUUUUUACCAGAUGAGGUACAUGCAUGUGUUGUGACAUGUGGCGGUUUGUGCCCUGGAUUGAAUACAGUGAUUCGGGAGAUUGUAUGCGCCCUUUAUCACAUGUAUGGCGUAACUAAAGUUCUUGGAAUUGAUGGAGGGUACAGAGGAUUCUACUCUAAAAAUACCAUAACAUUGACACCAAAAUUCGUGAACGAUAUCCAUAAACGUGGUGGUACAAUUCUUGGUUCUUCUCGAGGAGGCCAUGACAAGUCAAAGAUAGUUGACAGCAUUCAAGACCGUGGUAUCAAUCAGGUUUAUAUAAUUGGAGGUGAUGGAACUCAAAAGGGCGCAGCUGUAAUUUUUGAAGAAAUAAAAAAACGGGGGAUUAAAGCUAUUGUGGCUGGGAUUCCAAAGACGAUUGACAAUGACAUUGCGGUAAUUGACAAGUCCUUCGGUUUUGAUACUGCUGUUGAAGAGGCUCAACGUGCAAUUAACGCUGCACAUGUUGAGGCAGAGAGUGCAGAAAAUGGCAUAGGGGUAGUCAAACUAAUGGGGCGCUACAGUGGGUUCAUUGCAAUGUAUGCAACUCUUGCAAGUCGCGAUGUGGAUUUAUGUUUGAUACCGGAAUCACCUUUCUUUCUGGACGGUGAAGGUGGGCUUCUAGAGUACGUUGAAAAACGGCUCAAAGAAAACGGACACAUGGUUAUUGUUGUAGCCGAAGGAGCGGGUCAAGAGCUUGUUGCACAAUGCAAUACGGCAACUGCAAAAGAUGCUUCGGGGAAUAAACUCCUUAAAGAUGUUGGGAUGUGGCUUUCAGAUAAUAUUAAGUCUCACUUUGCAAGCAAAAGUCACAUGACAAUUACUCUUAAAUACAUUGAUCCAACUUACAUGAUCCGUGCUGUUCCAAGUAAUGCAUCUGACAACAUCUACUGCACUCUCCUUGCUCAAAGCUGUGUUCACGGAGCCAUGGCGGGCUUCACGGGCUUUAUUAGUGGGCUUGUGCAUGGCCGACAGACUUAUAUUCCAUUCAGUCGCAUAGUGGAUCAUCAUAACAAGGUUGUGAUCACUGAUCGAAUGUGGGCAAGGGUACUUGCGUCCACAAAUCAACCAAGCUUCUUGAGACCAAAAGAACUGAUGGAAUUUCAAAACGCGGAAGAAGAAGCUACAUCACAGAUGUCACAACUCAACGUGGACGCAUCAAACAGCAGCAGUUCAGGUAAAAACUGAGAAAAAAAAAAGACUUUGACAUGCUCGAGUGCCUUGUUAAUCUGAUUGACCAUCUGAACGAUUCGGUCAAUGUAGGAACCAGUUUUGAAUGCACCAGUCUGUUUAGAUGCUUAA